AUGCGCUUCGAAGUUAGGCUCGUCCCGCGUCGCGUCCUCGUGUCGAUCCGCGGAGCAGUCGAACCGUCGUCGCUCUUCACGUCAUUGCAUGCCACUUCCAUCAUCAACGUUCCUCUGCACAUAGUGCAUCUCACAGACGCUUACUGGCAACGCGUGGUGGCGCACUGUGUGGGGGAGAUAAGAUCUGCAGCCGCCACACCCCCACCCAUCUCCCUGUCAUGUCAUGCUCCUUGUGUCUGUCAAAUCCCUUCCCUCACGGCAGAUCGCCUCCUGCUGCACCUAGUGCAUCUCACCGAUGCCUACUGGCAACGUGUGGUGGCGCACUGUGUGCGGGAGAUCCGCAGCAGCGGCACCCCGACCCAUCUCCCUGUCAUGUCAUGCUCCUUGUGUCUGUCAAAUCCCUUCCCUCACGGCAGAUCGCCUCCCGCUGCACCUAGUGCAUCUCACCGAUGCUUACUGGCAACGCGUGGUGGCGCACUGUGUGGGGGAGAUUCAUCUCCCUCCAUCUGCACCGCUCUGCACCCCUCCCUACAGAUCAACAUCCCGCUGCACAUAAUCGACGUCCCGCUGCACAUAGUGCAUCUCACGGACGCCUACUGGCAGCGCGUGGUAACUCAAUGUGUGGGGGAGAUCCGCAGCGGCCGCACUCCCAACCCUGACAUGCUCUGCAACUCAAGAAUCAAGUUUGGCGCCUUCUACGAUCACCUCGACUUCACUCAUUUCGACCGCGUGGCAUCGGGGCACUAUGCCCGUGUUGUGCGCUCACCAGCUGACCCGACUCUCCCCAGCCAGUCUGCUGCUGUGCGCCUGGUCCUAUCGGCAGACGAGGUGAAGGACCAAACAUACUUCCUCUCGCACCUAUCACAGCAGCAGCUUUCUCGAGUCAUGUUCCCUCUUGGGGCCCUCACCAAGUCCCAGGUGCGACAGCUGGCAGCUGCAUUCAACUUGCCCAACCAGAGCAGAAAGGACUCCCAGGGGAUCUGCUUCCUGGGGAAGGUGAAGUUCCCAGAAUUCGUGGCGCGGCAUGUGGGCGAGCAGGAGGGGUUGCUGGUGGAGGCAGAGAGCGGGGAGGCACUGGGCGUGCACAGGGGCUUCUGGUUCUUCACCAUCGGACAGCGGCAGGGCAUCAAGCUGUCUGGCGGGCCGUGGUAUGUAGUAGCUAAAGACACGGCCACCAACACGGUCUUUGUCUCGCGGGAUUACCACUCUCCAGCCAAGUCUCGCCGGCAGUUCUGGGUGGGCGGCUUCAGCUGGACGCAGGGAGGGGCGUGCACCCCUCCUUUGACCGAACAGCCCAAUCUGACAUGCAAGGUCCGCCACGGCCCCCAGGGAGGAGGAGGAGGAAGAGGGGAUGAAGGGGGGAUUGAUAUGGGUGAUUUACUAGCGGGGUUGGGGGAGGGGGACGAGGGGGAGGAGGGGGGAGAAAAGGAGGGGAUUGAAGGGGAGGAGGGAGAAGGAGAGGAGACGGAGGAGGGUGAGGAAAGGGGAGAGGAAGAGGGGCAAGGGAGGGGAACUGAGUUGGAUUCGGAGGAGAGGGGGGAGUGGGGCAAGGCGUUGGGAGAAGAGGGGGAAAGGGAAUGGACGAGGGAUAGGGAAGGGGUAGAGGCACCAGAGUUGGACCCAGAGCUCGUGGUGGAGAGUGGUGAGAGACGAGAGAGAGUCGGUGGUGAGGGAUGCAAAGUGGUGGAGGGAGGUGGAGCAGGAGGAGUAGGAGGAAGGGAGCAUCUAGAACAAGGAGCAAGAGGCAAUGCUUUUGAGGUCGAGGGAGGGACAUACUCAGCGGAGCAGCAGAGCGAUUUGCCUUUAGAAAGGGGGCAGAUGCAGUCAGACGAGAAGGGUACUUCGGAUAGAGGUUCCAGUGGUGCUUUUACAGGCUCUUUGGGGUAUGACAGUCAUGAGGGUGACAAAGGGGAGAGUGACCAAGGGGAGAAUGGUCACGCCUUGAAGGGUGCUAACGGUCACUGGGAGCGUAGCUUUCAGCAGCUUAACGAAUCGGAGAGGCGGCACUAUAACGAGGAUGAUGUGGAUAUGGAGGCGUUAGAGGAGCUGCUGCAGCUAUCCGAUCGCCAAAACGAGCCACGGGAAUCAGCACAGCAGAGACAGGAUAAGGCAUACCGAAGUACAGAUGCAUCUCGUGCUAGCAACCCCUCCUCUGCUCCUGUCAGCGAUCCUUCCUUCGAUCCUGAGAGCGAUCCCAUACAAGCAGCCUCGUUAGCAGCAGAACGGUCGCUGGCAGCAGUUGCGGGGAUAGCAGCGGAGUGUUUGGAGCGGGAAUUGAGUCGGUUUGAGGUGAACUGCCCGCCUGGAGGGGAGCAGCUGGUGGUGCUGUAUGUGACGUCGCUUGAAGCAGUCAGGAAAACUCAUGCUGACUGUGUGAAGAUGCGAGCACUCCUCAAG